AUGGACGCGGACGAAGAUAUUGGGGGUACGCCUCCCUACAUGCCGCCGGAAUAUGCUGGUGGGCGCCUGAGAGGCCAUCUCGGGGACGUAUGGGCAGCGGGGGUCACGCUGCUAAUUGUGCUCAGGAAGCUAAAGCAGCCUGUGCGGGCGGAUUACUUUGACCUAGAAGAUGUUCACAACGAAGGCAGCGAACACCGCUCUAUAAUGAACAAUUGGCUAGAAAGGGUGGCGCAGGCAAAAGCGACACUGGACCUGAAUGAAGAUAGUAUCGAGUCUUUGGUGGAAAAGAUGCUGCAUGAGGAUCGGAGCAAACGCAUCUCAGCCGAGGAAGUGCAAAAGCGCUUGCUAUUACCUGAUAACAAGUGA